AUGGCUGCCGUCACCCGCCAGCCGUUUGCCCCCCUCGACGGGGCGCGUCUGCAGAGCCUGACGAGCCUCAAGAACAGGCAGAACGCCGUCGCUCCCCCAAGCAGCGGCAAGCGCAAGGCCGAGCUCCUCGACGUCGACGACGACUCGGAAAACGUCGACCCCGUCCUCUUCGCCAAGCGCUCCAAGGGCACCACCACCGCCUCGCCUCUCAAGGACGCCCUGCUCAAGCCCGCCUCCUCCUUUGUCCUCACCAGAGCCGCCGCUCCCUCCACGCCCGCGGCGUCGGCAUCUACCUCCGCCAGGCUACCGCUCAAGCACAGCUCCACGCCCAGGCGCACCCUCCAGCCCAAGUCGCCCGCCGCCCGCCUCAACACCGCCAUCGCCAAGUCGUCGCCCGUCUCCGCGCCCGCCGGCCGCUCGCCCACCCGCGGCAAGCGCUCCGGCAUCCUCUCCAGCCGCCGACGCUCCGGCCCCUACGCCCGCGUCGACCCGCCGUCCUUUAGCCUCGGCAAUCCCUCCUCCGCCGCUCCCUUCUCCCUCGACGCCGCCCUCAAAGGCACCCUCUCCAGCUAUGGCCCGCCUGCGGCGUCAGCCUCCUCCGCCCGCGUGGCCAAGCCCGCGGCCCGCCCCAGCAGCAGCCUGCUCGACGAGCCCGAGGCCAAGGCCAGCUGGUUCUUUGACAUCCACGAGGACACCCCCGAGCAGGAGAUGACCAACCUGCUGCAGCACAGCACCUGCGUCCUCGACAUCUCGUCGGACGAGGAGAGCGAGCGCAAGGCCAGCCGCGAGCGCGACGAGGGCCGCGACAAGGAGAACGUGCCGCCCCCGGAUGACGUCUCCCAGACGAGGAGCGCCGGCGCCGGCACGCGCCAAGCGACGCGGCCCCUCUGCGCCGACGACAUGGUGGUAGAGAAGGAGCGGGUCGCGCUGGGCGAGAUGAACGCCGUCGACUUUUACGCCGAUGGCUGUGACGAAUCGUCGGUCGUGCUGGUGCACGAAGACGAAGAGCAGGAGCCGCCUUCGCAGAACUUUGCGUUUGCGCCCGAGCUCAAGGCCCUGAGUGCCGACGCGGAUGCCGCCACGGACGAGACGGAGGCCGAGACUGAUUUCGUCGAAGGCGAUGCCGUCACCGAGGUCGCCGCGCUCAUGGACGCGACAACCAAGGGGUCCUCCAAGGCGGCCGUCCUGCAGCCCAUGGACGGUACCGGCGAGAGCUUUGAGCUGUGGGAGAGUGGCAGCGCCAAAGACGACGGCGAGGGUGAGGCCACCGUCAUUGCUGCGUCAUGA